GAAUGAUGCUGGUUUUCUAGGUCCUCGAUACUGAGUGAAGUUUCUACCCGGUCGAGGUCUAAAUUGCCAUCGGGCAAGAAUAUUCUUGUUUUUGGUGAUGAUGGUUCAGGUAAAACCACACUUAUGGCUAAAAUACAGGGAGCAGAGCAUGGCAAGAAAGGAAGAGGGCUGGAAUACUUGUAUCUCAAUAUUCACGAUGAAGACAGAGAUGAUCAUACUCGCUGUAACGUUUGGAUUCUGGAUGGAGACUUAUACCAUAAAGGGCUAUUGAAGUUUGCAGUUUCUGCAGAAUCCCUGCAAGACACCAUUGUAGUCUUUGUUGCAGACAUGUCUAGACCUUGGACUGUUAUGGAAUCUUUACAGAAAUGGGCCAGUGUCUUGCAAGAACAUAUUGAUAAGAUGAAAAUUCCUCCAGAAGAGAUGAGAGACAUGGAACAGAAGUUUAUAAAGGAGUUUCAAGAGUAUGUAGAACCUGAGGAAGGCUACCAAGGAUCACCGCAGAGAAGAGGUCCUUCUUCUGGCCAAGAGGAUGAACAUGUUUCGUUGCCACUUGGAGAAAACGUGCUGACUCACAACCUCGGUAUUCCAGUGCUGGUAGUUUGUACAAAAUGCGAUGCAGUGAGUGUACUAGAGAAGGAGCAUGAUUACAGAGAAGAACACUUCGACUUCAUUCAGUCACACAUUCGUAGAUUCUGCUUACAGUAUGGGGCUGCCUUGAUUUAUACGUCAGUUAAGGAGGAAAAGAACCUUGAUCUGUUGUAUAAGUACAUUGUACAUAAAACAUAUGGUUUUCAGUUUACCACACCUGCCUUAGUGGUAGAAAAGGAUGCAGUUUUUAUACCUGCCGGUUGGGACAAUGAAAAGAAAAUUGCCAUUUUACACGAAAACUUCACAACAGUGAAACCAGAAGAUGCAUAUGAGGACUUCAUUGUAAAACCUCCUGUAAGAAAGUUAGUCCAUGAUAAAGAGCUGGCAGCAGAAGAUGAACAAGUAUUUCUUAUGAAGCAGCAGUCAUUCCUUGCCAAACAGCCAGCAACGCCUACAAGAGCAUCAGAAUCUCCUGCAAGAGGCCCUGCAGGUUCCCCAAGAACUCAAGGCAGAGCUGGUCCCGCCAAUGUACCCAGUGCCUCACCAAUAACAUCAGUUAAGAAACCAGAUCCAAAUAUUAAAAAUAAUGCUGCAAGUGAAGGCGUCUUGGCUAGUUUCUUUAAUAGUCUCUUGAGCAAAAAGACUGGUUCUCCUGGGAGUCCUGGUGCUGGAGCAGUGCAAAGUACAGCAAAGAAAUCAGGACAAAAACCAGUUUUGACAAAUGUUCAAGAGGAAUUGGAUAGGAUGACUCGCAAGCCAGACUCUAUGGUAACAACAAGCUCUCCUCCAACAGAGAACGAAGCUUGAUAGCGCAUAAAAAAAUGCAUAUGUAAAUGACCAAAUAACUAUGUAUAUUGAUCUGAUAAGACCAGGAAUUUUCUGCUAUGGCAGAUGCUAUCAGUUUUCUUGGGGCAGGGGAAAUGAGCUUACUACAUCAUUGCCUUGUCCCAGUAAAAAGUGCACAUUCAGGAAGUUUGCAUAUAAAAUCCCUCUGUAUAAGAUAACCAUUUAGAGUUUAUAUAGGGCAAUUCUUUUGGUUUUGGAGGUAAGCAGGUACAGCUGCGUUUCCUGUUGUGAAGAACUCAAGAGAAGCAAAAUGGAGAAUUCUUAUUAAAAUACUACUACUGACUGCACAAGGCAAGAAAGAGAAAUCCUCUUUCAGAGUUACUGGAAUUGGCUACUUGUAUGUUUGCAAAUGCAUUAUAUUCUUGGAAAGGUGGUGGCGGUGGUGGUGUAACAGAGCAUUAAUUAGGUGAAAGAAGCCUAGGUAGGGAAUGGAGCCCUAAAAGGGGAAACAGAUUUGGGACAGUAAGAAACUAGAAUGUUGGAUUGACUGGAGAGGAGCAAUGUUGUUAAACCCUAUGUUUCACAUAGGGUAAAUAAUCACUGUUUUAAAAAGACUACUUUACAUUGGAGAAUUCCAGGCCAAACACUAAGCAUCAUGGGAAUUUAUUCUUGUUAUAAAUCUCGGUUUAGUUUUUAAAAAAGUCUAAGAGUGUGGAUGCCCUUUCUGGUGUAGCUGACAAAGGGAGAAACUAUAACUUGUUUAGAUCCAAGUGCCUGGCACUGUGUGUGAUGUGUCUUUAGAAGGUGCUUGAACUUAUUGUGCACUGUAGUACAAACAGUCACUGUUUGGUUUUAUUUUAAAGUCAGUAGUUUGGCAAUUUGUAUUUAAUUUUAAAUCCUGUUUUCUGAUAGCUUCUGCCUUUUUUUAUGCCAAGAGGCUAGAAUAUGAAGAAUGGUGGGUGACGUAUCAUUUUCCCAUAAUGAAAUGUGCUACAGAACACUCAGUAUUUUUUUUUCUUACUUUUUGUAACUAAAUACUAGCUACCAAGCUAAAAUUGAUUCCUGCCUUAUACCUAUGGAGGUUUUUAAAAAAAAACUUUCAAGGCCCUAGUUCCAACCACAUGUGCUGCAGGUGCAGCCAACUCCAAUUCUGAAGGUAACCUAAAGUAUGAAUGUGUACAUGAUGAACAUAAUAACUUGUUUUGUAUUUUUUUUAAUGUAGCAUUUCAUUUGGAAAGAUGGGUUGUGGUUGUUCCCGUUGCUCUAACGGAGCUCUGUCCAUGGUCACAUAAAACCAUCAUUCUAUAAAAACAAACAAAACUGCUAUGGUUACUGAAAUGGCACUUUGAUUUUAUAUACGGUAUGCUUGUUUUACAUGUACACACUACCAUAAAUUAAAAAUACCAAGCAUAUUCUGUGCUCUUAACGCUGAAGGGAAAAACCACAAUUUGAAUUAUGCAGAGUUUACUUUUUAUUGAUAUGAACUUGUUGUACUAAAUCUGAUGUCUGGAUAUAACUUCCCUAAUAUAUAUUGUUACUUAAAUAUACAGAAUUAGAUUGACCACUAACACAGUACUGGAUGUUAACUUCAAAUCCUAUGUUACAUCAAGAGGCUGUUCUUGUAAGUCUGUCUGAACAUUAUCUAGAAAGCUAAGAGUAUUUACUUGCCUCUCUGACAAACAUUAACAUAUGUUAUUUGUGCCAGUUUUUUGUUGAAAAUACUUUUUUUAAAUGUUUUUUUAAUAAACGGUAUGACCUGAAGUUGUACAGUUGUCUAGAUAACAUUUAGACUAAGACUACGGAUGGCUGAUGGGUAAUGUGGAUGUACUUCCUGGUGUAAUGGGUGCCAGUUGCAAGUUACCACACCAGAAGUAGUAAUUACACACUGUCCUCCUGACACUGAGAAUUGAGAUUGGAGACGAAAACAUCAAAAACUCAACAGGAAAAUUGAAAAAGUGUGUGAUCGUAAUGGGAUAUUAGUUUGAAAACCUCAGUCUGAAACGGCAUUUUUUUGUCAUCUAACCUGAUAAGCACUUUCUCUAGCAAUAUCGCUAAAACUUAAAAUUGAAGUACUUUCCAGUUCUAUAAAAAUGUUAAAUAUACUAAAAUUGAUCAAAACUGAUAACGCAUGAUAACUUACCAGCUUUGCAGAAAGAUGCUUCUGACAAAACAGGAACAGAUUUCCGGUUUCUAAUUGCAAGUGAAUGCUCCUAGUUUAUUGAAAGUAAGUUGUAAGUAACGUAGCAUCCUGUGGUUGCCAAAGUCUGUCAACUUUGGUGAGCUGCACAGUUGUUACUCUGGUGUCUUCAAGCAUUGGAACCAAAGGCCAAAUUGCAAACAGCCUUUACAUUUUCAAGUGAAACUUCAUUUUAUUUGCAGAUACACUUGUAUGGUAGACUGUUUAAACUAUUAUAUGACUAUAUUUAUAUGCAUUAUAGUGACUGCAUCUACUGUUCAUGUUUAAACUAAGAAAACAAAAGAUGAAAGCAUUCAACUUGAAGCAAACAGAAAAGUUUAAAGAUUGGCCCUCCAUAAAAAUGCUGUGGUUAUGCUGCUUGAUUUUAAGUUUGCACUUUUUUUAUUGGCAUUUAAAAAAACUGUUUAAACUGAACAGAACUUCGUAUUUUAUUUAAUUUAACUAUGUUGAAAGUGACUGCUCUGUACAUCAUGAACUUAACAAUAUACAUGCUGUAAAUGAAAGUUCACUGUCCUGUAUACUAAGUUUAUUGGUUUUUUUUCCAACUUACAAUUAGGACUGCAAAUGUAUGAAACAAACCUUAGUCCAGUUGUAUGGCUUUAACCAGGUGCAGUAUGCAGUCAUGUGGAAUCUUGCUUUCUAGUGCUGGCAAAAUGAGGACGUCUUUAAUUACUGGCUUCAAUAAACACGAAUCCAGACUGCUUUAUGCUGUGCUUUGUUGUUGUUUUUAAGAUCCCCCUUUAGAGGUGUUUCUGUGGGAGAAGAAUAUUGGUGAGUUCUGUGAACAGGAGAAAUAAGUUGGCUUAUACAGUUGUGUACCUUAAUGACAGCUUCCUUCUUGGGAGUUCCUGUACAAGCCUUUGCUAGUGCAACUUCUCUCUGGAGUUCAGAGCGUGCACCUUGUGUAAGUAAAGCGAAGUUGGCGUAGCUGUGUUUGCAGAGAGUGGUGUGCUCAUGAUAGCUUACAUAUAAACAGUUAUGUCAGCAGAACUGGUUUUGAUGUAAAGUAAUAUAUUUCAUGAGAAUGGGAAAACAGUUGUAUAUUUUCCCAGGUUAAGAGGUAUACCUUCUAGUAGAUUUUGGGGAAUACUGUAGCCGAGCAGAGCAUUGGUCCUAAAUUUGCAGGACUAAAGUCCAGGUUAUGAGAAGUUUAAGGAGUAAAUUGCUUGAGUGGUACAAAUGCCAUUUCUCUGCCAAUAGCAAAGCUAAGUUUUCUCCCUUUGGUGGGUGUAAUAAGUUCUUCCUAGUAAGCAUAGAAAGAGUAGGCUGAUUUAAUUAGGAUUCUACUUCUUUACUUCAUUGUUACUUUAACUGGAUGCCUAUAUAUUCCUCUGCAUAGAUUGAAAUGCUAGUUACUAGUGUUUCUUGAGUCACCCUGCCUCUGAAAUACAAAUAGUUUCUAAAUACAUAGUUUCUCUAGAAGUGAAUCCUUAUAAGACCAUGAAACAAUUAGCAUUUUAGAAUUGCCAUAAUGCUUUAUGUUUUAAUGAGUUCAUUCAUGUAAAUAUUUAGAAAAUAUUUUUAAUAUAUGAAGAUGAAUAUCUAUUAUGUUAAGUUGGGAGGAAACUAAAUGAA